AGUACCAGGGAAUUAUAUUACUGGCUGCUCUUCAUGCAGAGAAGGGGAGAGAGGGGGCGAGGGAUAUUACAGGAAGAGAGGGAGGGAGGGGGAAAGCAUAGAGAAGGCUAGUGCUCAGGGGUGGGGUUGGAGAAUGCAGACAGAGCAACAGCUUGAGCUCUGGGACUACAGUGAACUGAAAGUAAGAGCGUGGUGUGCUCUCAAUGAAGGGGUGAGAAAGAGAAAGCCAGAAAGAGAGAUGCAACGAAACAAGACACAUCAAUCUAGGUAAAGGAGGGCGUGCGGACAAAAGACUGACAUUGUAGUUCUACAGGAGCCUAGCGGAGGGGGAGAAAAGAGGGGGUAAAGGAGAGAGGAAAGGAGAGAGGAAAGGAAAGGAGAGAGGCGCAUGAGAGAGGUGGAUGAGAGAUUUUUAUAGGGUACAGACAGAGAUAUGAUAGUCUGCUUAUAGAAGAGGUGUGCCUGGAAACGCUCUGAGAAAGAGACAGAGGGGGAGAGACAGAGAGAGAGAGGGAGCGAGAGAGAAAGAGAGGGCGGAAAAUGAGGGGGGAGUGAGUGAGACAGAAAGAUUAACCACAGUCAGAAAGAGCGAGAGUGAGCAGUGAAGGACAAUCUGGGACAUAUAGCAAGGGAGGGAGGGGGAGGUAAAAAUAAGAAAAAGAAAUAGGGGAAAGGUCUGAAACAAACUAAUGUGUAAGUGCUGAGUGAAGGACAAUAGGAGAGAGGGAGAGAGAGAGAAGAAGAGGAGGGGGCCAGCCAGAGGAAGUAGCAGGGCGAGAGAGGCAUGAGGGGACUGUUCUCCUUUAUGCUCACCCUGUCCAUCCUGGGUACUGUCAUGACUGCACUCGUCUGGUACUUCUUCAGCAACCGCAAUGUUCAACCUGGCAGACCCCCCUACAGAAGUCAUAUUAUGAACUCUGGGCUUGUCCCCUCCGGAACAUGCAAGGGCUGCAGGGAUACAGUCACUGAAAAAGUGGUGGAGCGCUACUCUCACAGCUGGAGGAAGCAGGAGGACAAGUUCAGAAAUUUCAGGUCUCUUCUGAGUAACAGAUGUCAUGGACUCACCAAGGCUAUGGUGACACAGGCCAACACUCCUCUGGGGUCAAAGGUUGUGUACGAUGGAGAGAAGAGGAAGCAUCUUCAGGUGACCCCUGAACUGUUCAGCACCUUCGCUAAGGUGAAUCCUUUUGUGAAUACGACAUGGGAUACGUGUUCUGUUGUUGGGAAUGGGGGAAUCCUAGCUAAUAGCAGCUGUGGAGAAAGAAUCGACUCCGCCCAGUUUGUUAUCAGGUGUAACCUCCCUCCUCUGGAGAACGGCUAUGAGAGAGACGUGGGCAACAAGACAGACCUGGUGACAGCUAAUCCCAGCAUCAUCAUGGAGAAAUAUGGGGGCCUGCAGGAGCGUCGUCGGCCCUUCGUGGAGAGCCUGCGUAGCUAUGGCGACUCCCUGAUGCUCCUGCCGGCCUUCUCAUACGGCCCCAACACGCCCGUGUCUCUGCGGGCCCUCUACACCAUCCAGGACUUUGACAGCCCCUCGCGGCCCGUCUUCCUCAACCCAGAGUACCUACAGAGUCUGGCGCGCUUCUGGCAGGGCCAGGGCCUGCGAACGGUACGACUCAGCACAGGACUCAUCGUGGCUAGCCUGGCGCUGGAGCUGUGCGCCAACGUCCAUCUCUACGGGUUCUGGCCUUUUAAUGAACACCCACACCGACACCAGCCCCUCACCAACCACUACUACGACAACAGGCAGAGUAAGAAGAUGGUGCACGCCAUGCCCGCUGAAUUUGACCACCUGCUAAGACUCCACACCCAGGGCGUGCUCAGGAUACACCUGGGAGAGUGUACACCCACAACCAGUCCUGGAUGUAGCUCGAAGAUGGCCUGGGCCCCAGCCUCAGUCUCAGGCCUCAGUCUCCCGGUUGGCUCUCUGGGUAGUGCCAUGCCCACACUGGUACAACGCAACACAACCUCCCAGAGCCAGAAGCCUUGGGCUGGGCCCGACACCAACGUCUCUGGACCAUCAGGACUGGGGCAGGGUGCUUCUGAAGACCCCACACAGGGUUCAGACUCAGAGCAAAGGACAAAACACAGAAGGGGGAACAGAAGGAGACCAGGGAAGUGAUGACACCCAUAAACAUUUCUGGGGAGUCCCCCUUUCAUAAAGAGUUUUCAUGGUUACCAGCUCACACAGGUCAAAGCAUCAUAACAACAAAUACUCUCCCCGCUGUGACCAUGGUGACAGUAAAUCAUCUGUGCUGUGACGAAAUAACAACAUUAGCAAGGGAGUGAGGGAGUGGUGGGGAGAUGCAGGAUUGACAGUUCACUUAUUAGCACUGUAGCUGCUGUAGGUAAUAGGUUAAAACCCGAUGCAUGUGUAAGAAGGGCAUUCUAGAUCUUGCAUUAUUUCACUAUAAUGCAAGGUAUAUUUGGAAGGUAGAAUUCAUUGGCUAUUCAUUCUUACAUGUUCUAUGUUUGAACUGCUUUUGAAAGGAAAAGUCGAAUUGAAAACAUUACUGUCAUUUUUUUAUUCGAUUUUCAUAACGGUAAGCUUGGACUAAUGGCUUUAUUAGCUAAACUAGCAAGUCUGUUUGGUUCCCACGGCAACUACUGUAUCUAUCUAGUAAACUUUAGUGGAUGUUGAACACAUUUCUAGCUCAAAUGUCUUAAAUUAUAGCCAUGGUUGUCAUGCCCUGAUCUGUUUCACCU